CCGGAAGGAGACUGCUGUGACUAGGAUUUUUCUGAUGUCUUCGCGCAAACGCAAGAACCGUCCAGGUCGUUACCCAACCGAUCGUGCUUACACUAACAACUUUCUUCGCUCCCAACAUCCAUAUCCUCCAUCGGGUUCUGAAUCGAGAUUUCAGCUGAAUCCAGCGCAGACUUCGAGGUCAGAGCCCGACCCAGCGCUUUUUAUUGUCGCGCAUGAGGCGGACGUGAUACGUGGACCGCACGCGGAGAAUGCGGCGGCCGCCUUGGAGGUCAAAAUGGGUAGUGGAAGUGAAGGGGGUGGCAUCGGAAGUGGGUUGAUCAAGUGGGAUCUGGUUUCAUCGAAGAAUGUGGAUGAGGAGGGAAAGGAAAGUAAUAGUGGAGAGGCCGACGCCGUGUGGGUAGAUAGAUACGACGCUCGACUUCUCCUUACAUCGCCUCUGACACUUCCUCAUUCCACUUCCGUGACACCUUCGACCUCGACCGUCGCCACCGCCACACUAGCUACCCGCGCAGCCUCUCCUUCAGGGUGGUCUGAUCUCCCUUCCGACUCCGAAGACACUUUCUUCUUCCAACCCUCCGAAGUAGAGGAAUAUCGGAAUGUGAAACGAAGGAGGCUGAUGGAAGAGAACAGGAAGGCUAGGAUGAAGGCUAUCCAGGAAGAAGAUGGGAACGAUGGAAAUGGCAAGGCAGAAGACGAAUGGGGUGGAAGCGACGAGGAGCCCCCAGAGCCACAGAGGCAGAUAAUGAGCCGCACAGCAAACCACAUUCUCACUUCACCUAAUCCUUCCCAACUUGAGAUGCGGAUUUUGGCUAACCAUGGCGCAGAUCCGAGGUUCGCGUUUCUGAAGGGGCGGUGGAAGAGGACCUGGGCAGUGAUGAAAGCUAAGGUGAGGAAAGAGAUGGAGGAGAAGGAAAGGGAGGAGAAAGAAGCAAAAGAAGGCAAGGGAAAGGGGUUGGGUGGAUUGAUGGCUUACGAUGAUUCAGACGAGGAGGAUAGUGAUAAUGCAGGAAAUGCAGAGAAGGGGGACAAUGGAGACCAACAAGGGCAGCAGUCUGAAGUGCCUACAGGCAUGGAUGGCGUGGACGACGCGGCAAACGCUGGAGUCGAUAUUGCACCCGUAGACGUCGUGCAGGAGGACAAAGGUACUAUGGAUGUGGGCGAAGAGGCGAGAAAGGAGGCGAGGAGAGCCCGCGCGAAGGAAUGGGCCGAGAAGAGACGAUUGCAGAAGUUGGCCAGCGAGAAAGACCUGCCGAGUCAGAAGGAAGACGACUCUGAUAUGAUAUCGUGAUCGAGCUGGUGAUUUAUCUUGAUUUAUACGGUGACUGGUCUCAAGGUAGUAAUGGGCGCUUAUUUGUUUUGACUAGAUCGAUUGUGUCACUCCUCUCGGAUGCAAAGAUCGUUUAUCUAUCCGCAUUUACCCGAACUGUUCAAAAAGGUCGUUCGCUGAAGCAUCGAUAUUC